CUUGAACUUUUAUGACUUUUUUUCCAAUUUUCUUCCCUUUUUCUCCCUCCAGUCGGGGUUUGAUUGACUGGAAUUAAGAGUACAAGAAGGCACGGGAAUUGUUCGAUUCACUCCCUUUCCCCCCCUUCUUCUCCCUCGUCUUAUUCUCUUUCUUCUCACUAUAUGCGGUGACAUCCGUACCCCUCCGUUAUAUAAGUUCAUCCCUCCCUCUGCGCUGUGUGAAGCGCAGCCAGCAAUUGUCAGUAUGGCGUCCGUUUCGACUGCCGGUGAAGCAGUGGCGAGAGUCGCGUACUUGACCAGCGAUGUCAUCCUCUCCGCCCAGCCUGCCCUGCAGACAGACUCACUAUUCUCCAAUUCGCUCAAAGCUCUCAAGGCCAACAAGAUUCAGAAUGUCUUGUCCAAGGGUGCUCCGGAGAUCGUGACCGUGCGGAACAAUGAAGACCCUCUCCUCUCGGCUUUCUACCCGCUCCAGAACGGUAGCACCGUUUCUGCCGUCGCCAGCUCCUCGGUUCUCCUAUCUUCAAUCACUCACCUCUACCGCCUGGCGAACUACCCUUUGGUCCUCCACAUUGCCCUGGAACCCACUCCGUUCCCCGAUUAUUCCGUUAUCAGUUCGAUACGUCAGUGUGGCUUUACCUUCUUGCACUCUGAGACCCUCCAGGAGGCCCAAGACAUUGCUCUUACCGCGCAUGCCUUGGCUCUCAAGUCUGGUAAGGGUGUUAUCCACUUCUUCGACCCUGCCAACUCUACCAAUGACGACGCAAUCGCCGAGGAGGAUGUUGAGGUCGUGAACAAGGUCUUGGAUUUGGGUGGAAAUGCUGCUUCGCACAACCCGGGACUUGGCGCACAGACUCUCUACGCUGAUUCCGGCCGUGUGGCUACAGUGGCCGAGGAGAGUGUUGGGGCUCAAGACGCCGCCACAGGGACAUCGACCCCGGAACAGGCUUCUACUGUUCAAACACCCGCCAAUGGUAGCGCAGACAACUCGUCUGUUGGAUCUUCGAGAAGGGAUAGCAGCGUUGACAGCCGCGCUGUGAGCAGCUCUGCUGCCACCACUGUUGACGGCGCGAGUGUGCGGCCAGUCAACUCCGCAGACAUCUAUGCCUACACUAUCCAGAUUUGGAAUGUGCUGUCUGAGACUGUGGGCCGCAAGUACAACGCAAUUGAGUACACUGGUCCCGCUGAGGCCAAGUCCGCAAUCUUCCUUUUCGGUUCCACCGGAGUGUUUGUGGAUGUUCUGUCCAAGGCAGAUGCCAACAGCGAGCUUAAGGACCUCGGACUUAUCACCGCUCGUCUGUACCGCCCAUGGAUUGGCAGCUAUGUUGCCAACUCAAUCCCCGCCUCUGUAGAAAAAAUCGCCGUGCUGGAGCAGGCUCGCAAGACGACUCGAUGGGGACCUUCGUUCAUGGAUCUCCUGUCCAGCUUGAACCCCACCACGACUGACCGCCGCUUGCAAAUUGUGGGCUUCCGCCUGGGAUAUGUUGAGCCAUCGACUGCCGAUCAGGCCCUUCGUGGAGUGGUUCAGAACUUGAACUCUGCCUCCCCUAUCCAGAACCUCGAGGUUGGGAGCUCCAAGGUCCCAACUCCUGAGACCGCCGUUGAGCAGCCUCGCAUUGAGAACGCGUAUCAGAAGAUUUUGAACCAGCUCUUCGGGGAGCGUCUGUACGUCGCCAACCAGGCUACUUCUAAGCACGCUGGUAUUUCCUCCACCAUCUCGGCCAGCCCCGAGUACGGGUUUGGUUCAUUGAUUGCCCGCAUUGAGCACCGCCAGCGCUUCAUCCGUGAAGUCGAGGAAGCUUCCAAGUCCUCGUCUUUCGCUACCGAUGUUCCCAAAACUUGGUUGUCCAAGUGGGCUUUGGUUGCCAACGACCCGUCCAAGGCUAACAAGCUGGCUGCGGAUGUCAUUGCUCGUCUGUCUAACGACGGUUCCGCAUUGGCGCGCCAGCUUCUCCAGUCCAAGCAGCUCUUCUACGAUGAGACCCACUGGCUCAUUGGCUCCGACGCCUGGGCGUACGAUCUCGGAAACUCGGGUGUUCACCACGUUCUUGCCUCUGGUGCGAACGUCAACAUGCUGGUCAUCGAUUCGCAGCCCUACUCGGAGCGCGCUGCCGCUGACCCCACCCGCCGCAAGAAGGAUAUCGGUCUGUACGCCAUGAACUACGGCAAUGCCUACGUUGCUUCUGUCGCUGUCUACAGCGCGUACACCCAGGUUCUUCAAGCUAUGGCUGAGGCCGAGAAGUUUGAUGGUCCCUCCGUCGUCGUUGCCUACCUCCCUUACAACCAGGAGAACGACUCUGCUCUCACGGUUCUCCAGGAGACCAAGAAAGCUGUUGACCUUGGUUACUGGCCUCUGUACCGCUGGAACCCUAACAACGAAGACACUGCUGAGCCAAAGUUCGCCCUUGACUCGGACCGUAUCCGCCGUGAGCUUGAGGAGUUCCUCCGCCGCGACAAUCAGCUUACUCAGCUCAUGAACCGUCACCCUAAAUUCUCCUCUGUCCUCUCUGAGUCCUACGGCACUGAGGUCCGUGCUCUGCAGAAGCGUCAGGCGAAGGACUCGUACGAGAAGCUGCUCGAGGGCCUUUUUGGUGCGCCUUUGACUGUCCUCUUUGCUUCGGAUAACGGUAACGCACAGAACAUCGCCAAGCGUCUUGGAAACCGCGGUCGUGCCCGUGGUCUGAAGACCAUCGUUAUGGCCAUGGACGACUACCCCACUGACGACCUUGCCACGGAGGAGAACAUUGUCUUCAUCACUAGUACCGCUGGUCAGGGUGAAUUCCCUCAAAAUGGUCGUGGCUUGUGGGAGCACGUCAAGAAUUCUGGCGACCUAGACCUCUCGUCCAUCAACUACUCCGUCUUCGGUCUAGGUGAUAGCCACUACUGGCCUCGCAAGGAAGACAAGAUCUACUACAACAAGCCUGCCAAGGAUUUCGAUGCCCGCGUCUCCUUCCUUGGUGGUCGCAAGCUGACCGACAUCGGUCUUGGUGACGACCAGGACCCCGACGCUUUCCAGACUGGCUACUCCGAAUGGGAGCCUCGCCUCUGGCAAGCAUUGGGUGUGGACAAGGUUGAGGGUCUUCCUGAGGAGCCCCCGCCGUUGACCAACGAGGACAUCAAGAUCCAGUCUAACUUCCUCCGUGGAACCAUCGAGGAGGGUCUCUUGGACGAGACCACUGCUGCGAUUUCCGCUAGCGACCAGCAACUGACCAAGUUCCAUGGUACCUACAUGCAGGAUGACCGUGAUGUGCGGGACGAGCGCAAGGCUCAAGGUCUCGAGCCGGCCUACAGCUUCAUGAUUCGUUGCCGUCUCCCUGGUGGUGUCGCGACCCCUACUCAGUGGCUCCAAAUGGAUGCCAUCAGCAGUGCUCACGGUAACGAGACCAUGAAGCUCACCACACGACAAACGUUCCAGUUCCAUGGUGUUGUUAAGCGCCACCUCCGUGAGGCCAUGCGUGAUAUCAACAAGGCCUUGAUGACCACCAUCGCUGCUUGUGGUGAUGUCAACCGUAACGUUAUGUGCUCUUCGCUCCCCGAACUCUCUUCUUUCCACCGUGAGACGAAUUCUGUUGCGAAGAAGAUCAGCGACCACCUCAUCCCUGCCACGACUGCUUACCACGAGAUCUGGCUGAAGGAAGAUGGCGAGAAGAAGGUUCAGGUUGCUGGAGAUGCUGUCGUUGACCACGAGCCUCUCUAUGGACCUACCUACCUUCCGCGGAAGUUCAAGAUCACCAUUGCCAUCCCUCCGCACAACGACACUGAUGUCUAUGCUCACGAUAUCGGUCUGAUUGCUAUCAAGAAUGCCGACGGACACCUUGAAGGUUUCAACGUUCUUGUUGGUGGUGGUAUGGGUUCGACUCACAACAACAAGAAGACCUACCCUCAAACGGGUCGCAUGUUCGGAUAUAUCCCUGCCGACAAGGCCCACAUCGUCUCCGAGAAGAUCAUGCUCGUUCAGCGUGACCACGGUGAUCGCCAAAACCGUAAGCACGCCCGUCUCAAGUACACUAUCGACGACAUGACCGUCCCCGUCUUCAAGGAGAAGGUCGAGGCUCUCCUCCCCGACGGCCUGCGCUUCGAGGAGCCCCGUCCCUUCAAGUUCGCUUCCAACGUCGACACCUUCGGCUGGCAGAAGGACGAGAAGAACUUCAACCACUUCACCUUCUUCAUUGAGAAUGGUCGUAUUGAGGACACCGCGGACUUCCCCAUGCGCACUGGUAUCCGCGAGAUUGCUAAGCUCAACAAGGGCGAGUUCCGUCUCACCGGUAACCAGCACUUGAUCCUUUCCAACAUCAAGGACGAAGAUCUCCCUGAGAUCAAGGACUUGAUGGCCAAAUACAAGCUCGACAAUACCAACUUCAGCGGUCUGCGUCUUUCUUCGUCCGCCUGUGUUGCCUUCCCCACUUGCGGUCUCGCCAUGGCCGAAUCCGAGCGUUACCUUCCCGUUCUCGUUUCGAAGCUCGAAUCCACACUUGAAGAAGUGGGCUUGGGUCGCGAAAGCAUUGUCAUGCGUAUGACCGGUUGCCCGAACGGUUGUGCUCGUCCUUGGUUGGCUGAAGUGGCCUUCGUCGGUAAGGCCUACGGUGCUUACAACAUGUACCUUGGUGGUGGCUACCACGGACAGCGUCUGAACAAGCUGUUCCGCCAGUCCAUCAAGGAGGAGGAGAUCCUCGAUACCUUGAGGCCGUUAUUCAAGCGGUAUGCCGCUGAGCGGAACACGGACGGCGAGGUGCCUGAGCGAUUCGGUGACUGGGUUAUCCGUGCUGGUAUCAUCAAGGCGACUACCGACGGCAUGAACUUCCACGAAGGGAUUCCCGAGGAUGACGAGGAAUAAACGAUGGUAUUAGAGUAGUUUGGACGAUUUCUUGAAAAUUUACGACUCCAUCACGCAUUUGCGGUUGAAUGAAGCUUUCGUCUUGAUGUAUAACGCUGUUUACUAAAAAUGUUCAUGUUCAUCUUUUGUGUUUUUGUUGCAAUGAGCUCAGCUUUGUUGAUUGAUUUUUGGCGUUUUGUAUAUACCGUGGCCGCAAUAGCCUAAUGGCGAAUGCUAGAUGCAUGCAUACAUUACUGCUAAUCUCUUAUUGCCCGCUAUGCGAUAUUGAUAUUGACACUGUCCAUAUAUUACAUAUAGAAUGAACCUUUGGGUGCCGACGA